AUGGAGAACGACGCCACUUUCAAUUCUGGCAUCGUGUCUGGCCUAUUAUAUCCGCUGUUAAGAACCGUGUUCCAACCAGAAGAGGACCGACACCCGUGGCGAGGGCGUCGCCAACCCUUCGACAGGCCACUCCUUAGGCUCUGGGACGGCCAGUCAGGGAGCCAACCUGAUCCAAAUGGUCGUAUGAGGUCAAGAGAAGGUCGUGGACGGCUUGACAGCUUCAGAUCUCGAAAAGAUUCAUUGACCAUUCACAUUAAUCACCGCAAUUGGACACCAACUCCUUACAUCUCAUUCACAGACUCGUCUUCCGAAAUCGAAAGCCUUGCAAGAUUGAGAACCCGACGAGGUCGAGGACCCUUUACUCUAACCGUUAUUGACCCAGAUAAACGUGUACGAAAUGGCUUACCCGUGCUGAACGUCCGAGACGAAAUGGAGGAAUACAAUGUCCCUGACCCUUACGCCAGUGUUGAAUACAAUGAUCACUAUAUUUGCUUGUGGGAGGUCACAGCCGACGAGUUCGUAGGCAAUUGGAAUUAUAACGACCUUAUCAUACAUAAGAACUGGCUUCAAGAAAUUAUCAUACCGGCCUUCUGGCGUGCUCGGCAGGUGAUGAGGGUUGGGGGCUUGUCGAAUCUCUUUAACAGGCUUUCUCUUUCAACCGACGCAUCCGAUUCAACCAAUUUCUCCCACGAAGGGUUCCAGUCAUCAACCGAAGAACUCGCCUGGGACUUCGAUGACGAGCUUGAAAAUGAACACAAUGAUUCCGAUGAUGCACACUACCCUCUCUCGGAUAAGAGUGGGUCGGAUAAACAUGACGAAGGGGAAGAGGCUUAG